GGGCGGGGCCUCAGGGGCCACGGACCUCACUGUGAGUUCAGAGCCGGGAUCGCGUCCCAGAGCCGCGCGUCCAGCUCCCGAGCUUUCGCAACCCGCGGGUCCGCCGCCUGCGCGCCUCAAGCUCCUCAGCCCCCGGGAGACACUCGCGAGGACAAGACCGGAGAGCGUUGCUCCCUGCAAGACCUCCACCUUGCGGCUGCUAAUUUUCCAGAGUAUUUUCAACUCUUUCGGGAGAAAACGAUUUUCGUUGUCUCAGCCCUCUGACUUCAUUGAUCAUUACUCUUUCUUUUUCUCGUCCCUUGGGCCAACGUCGGUCACACCCCACACGGCAGUCUUCGCCCUUCGGCGAGGUUUUGGUGUCUCUGGCCAGGGCGGCGAGAGGAGGUAGCAGGAGGCCGCGGUCCCCGCGGGUGCACCGUCCCGAGCGCCGGCAGCCAGGCCUGGGCGCUGAGGUCACAAUGUCCACCAAGGUGCCCAUCUACCUGAAGCGUGGCAGCCGUAAGGGCAAGAAGGAGAAGCUGCGGGACCUGCUGUCGUCGGACAUGAUCAGCCCGCCGCUGGGGGACUUCCGACACACCAUCCAUAUCGGCAGCGGUGGGGGCAGCGACAUGUUCGGCGACAUCUCCUUCCUGCAGGGCAAGUUUCACCUCCUGCCAGGGACGGCGGUCGAGGGACCUGAGGAGGAUGGCGCCUUCAACCUGCCCUUCCAGUUCACCCGCACCGCCACUCUGUGCGGGCGGGAGCUCCCCGAAGGGCCGUCCCCUCUGCUCAAGAAUGCCAUCUCCCUCCCUGUCAUCGGUGGGCCCCAGGCCCUCACCCUGCCCACAGCCCAGGCCCCACCCAAACCCCCUCGCCUGCACCUGGAGACCCCACAGCCUUCCCCGAAGGAGGCAGGGAGUGUGGACAUUUGGAGAAUUCCAGAGGCUGGCUCUGCCCACAACGGGCUGACCCCCGAGUCAGGGGCUGAGGAGCCCUUCCUGUCCCAUGCCAGCUCCCUGCUCUCCCUGCACGUGGACCUGGGGCCUUCCAUCCUGGACGACGUCCUCCAGAUCAUGGACCAGGACCUGGGCCACAUGCAGAUCCCCACGUAGGAGCAAGGCUGGCCAGGCCAGGUGCUCAGGAUCAAACGAUUGCUGGGAGGCAGAGGGGCGAUGCAGCCCUGGCCUAGAAGUCAGGAUUCCCGAGGUCCCACUGUGUGGUCGCUGGCCAGUGAUUUCUUUCUUUGAGCCUUUGUUUCCCUCCUUCCCAGCCCCUCCCUAGGGGCAGAGUGUGCCUCAUUGCUUUCCCCUAAAACGCACUAAGGACACCUGCAGAAGUCAGCCCAAAGUGCCCUGAGCAUCUUGGGCCACCUGGACCCCCACCACCAACUGCUCCUCCUUCCCUCACAUCCCUUGGAUGAAGGCUUUGCCAAGAUGGACUCCUCUUUCCACCUGCCUUCUGCCUCAUCCCCGUGGGAUGCCCUGAUUGGGGGUGGGGCGGGGGGGAGGCACAGCACAGCCAGGUAGACCUUUGGCUCUGUGUCCUGGACUGAGAACAUGGCAUUGAUGACCGAAUGUCCCUCGGCCCCAUCCCCCUCACAUGACCAGGAGGUUCUGGUCGCAAUAAAACUUGCUGCUGCUGGUG